UCAGACGAAAGUCAAACCAAACCAAGCAAACUGUCUUUUUCAACCAAUCUUGCAUUGUUGGUUCGAUGUAUUUUAUUCAUUAAAUAAUUUGUUACAAUAGUGCUCACAGCUCUACAGUUUAAAAUGACGUUUCCAUAUUAAAUAUAAAAUCAACAAUAAAGUGUUGUUUUGAGUAAAUAUAUAUUUAAUACUAUGAAUUUGUCGAGAAGAAAAAAAUGUAACAGUGAUAGCAUCUCCAUUCAAUUCUAAUCUUAUCGCAUUGAUUAGACGAUCAAUCUUUGUGCUACCAAUAUUUUUGAGCUACAACAGUGCAACUUGUUUAGUGAUGACUUAAAAAAAAUAUAUCAAUGCACGAUGUCUACUUUGAUUUGUAACGGUGAUGAUGAGACGUAUCCGCUACACGAGUGCGUAUUCGGUGGCGACGUGCGGAAGCUGUCCUCAUUGCUGAGAUUCCACGACGUGACGCGCAAGGACAAGCAUGGGAACACAGCUCUGCACCUCGCCGUGAUGCUGGGCCGCAAGGAGUGUGUGCAGCUGCUGCUGGCUCACGGCGCGCCCGUCAAGGUGAAGAACUUCGCCGGCUGGUCGCCGCUCGCCGAGGCGGUCAGCUACGGCGACCGCCAGACCAUCUCGUCGCUGGUGCGCAAGCUCAAACAACAGGCGCGAGAGCAAAUGGAAGUCAGGCGACCCGAUCUCAUUAAAGCUCUGUCCCAGAUACAAAACUUCUACAUGGAAUUGAAAUGGGACUUUCAUUCGUGGGUUCCAUUAGUCUCCAGAAUAUUGCCCUCCGACGUUUGCAAGAUUUACAAAUCUGGUUCUGGAAUCAGGCUGGACACCACUCUGGUUGACUUUUCAGAUAUGAAGUGGGAAAGAGGAGACAUAUCUUUCAUAUUUCAGGGAGAAAAGCCACCCAGCGAGUCUCUGACUGUGAUAGAUAACAAAGUAAAAGUGUACCAACGGGUGCGCUAUGAAGAGACAGAAAAUGAGAUAGAGGAUGAGGUGGACAUACUCAUGUCAAGUGAUAUUUUAGCCGCUACCAUGUCCACCAAAGCCAUUAACUUUUCUAGAGCUCAGUCUGGUUGGAUUUUCCGAGAAGAUAGAAAGGAGACAGUGGCUGGCCUAUACAAAAGUGACAUUUACACUAUCACAGGCAUUGUCCUUGAGUCCCGUAAGAGGAGAGAGCAUUUGUCUACUGAUGAUUUGCAAAAAAAUAAAGCUAUAUUAGAAAGUUUGACUAAAGGAAAUACACAAAACUUAGAUACUAAUGGAGAGCCAGUUAGACGUGCCUCUCUGAAUCCUCCACCAGAGAGCGCCAUUGAAUGGUCGUCUUACAUAUCUGCGCCUGUGGGAGAAUACCCCAGUCUUGGUAGAGAGCUGGUUUACAAAGAGUCUACCAGGAAUUUCCGAGCUAUGAUUGCCAUGAGCGAUGACUUUCCUUUGAGUGUCGAAAUGCUCUUGAAUGUGCUCGAAGUGAUUGCUCCAUUUAAGCACUUUGCUAAAUUACGUCAAUUUGUGGCUAUGAAAUUACCAAAAGGAUUUCCGGUGAAAAUAGAUAUACCAAUUUUGCCAACGGUCACUGCAAAAAUAACAUUUCAAAAGUUUGAUUUUCGCGAUGACAUACCUGAAGAGUUGUUCGUUAUACCGGAUGAUUAUGUGGAAGAUCCGUUACGUUUUCCUGAUUUAUGACGCUUUGAUAUUCUAACACUGUUUGAAAUUAGUGAAAGACCAAUUUGGCAGCGUGAAGUUAAGUGUGGUAGGGCUCUGUGCAGCAUUAGCGAUAAGCACUACAGGUCUUCACAUGGCCUCUCUAUUGAGAUCCCUAUGUUAUUCGGCCUCGGUAGUUCUUAUUCCAGCCAUUAUGUCCUUCUUGUUGAAUAGGAAAAUUUUUAUACAAUAAGUUUGUAAAAUUUGUAGUGGAAUGUUUUAAUUUUGUUGAACAGUGUUGGAAAUUAAACAAAAAUCUGUUUGUUCUAUUAUUUCAACAAAAAAAAUUGUAAAAUACUAGCCAUCUUGACAUUGCUGCUUAUUAUUUUUGUGUGGAAUAGAUUGAAUUUUAUUUAUAUUGCUUAUUAUUUAUUUGUAAGACUUAUCAUUUUCUUUUUCUAUUGAAAUUUAAAGCA